AUGGCCUGUGUGCAUUAUAAAUUCGCUUCCAAACUCAACUAUGCCAUCGCCACCUUUGAUGGGCGGCACAUCUCCCUCCGUGACCUAAAGAAGCAGAUUAUGGGCAGAGAGAAGCUGAAUGCUGCCAAGUGCGACCUGCAGAUCAGCAACGCGCAGACCGAGGAAGAAUAUACCGAUGACAAUGCUCUGAUCCCGAAGAAUGUAUCUGUAAUUGUUAGAAGAAUUCCUAUUGGAGGUGUGAAAUCUACAAGCAAGGCGGACGCUAGACGUCGCACGGAACCAGUGAUGGGCACUUCAACAGUCACUGAUGCCUCUUCUGCUUCUAUUUCUCUGGCCCAGCUUACGCAGACUGCCAAUCUGGCUGAAGCCAAUGCUUCUGAAGAAGAUAAAAUUAAAGCCAUGAUGGCGCAAUCUGGCCGUGCAUACGGCCCCGUCAAUUACGUGAAGGAGCCUCUAGGUCCACCACCUCCAUCUUAUACCUGUUUCCGCUGUGGUAGACCCGGCCAUUAUAUUAAGAACUGCCCAACCAACGGGGAUGAACGCUUCGAGCCUCGCCCUAGGAUUAAAAAGAGCACUGGAAUCCCCAGAAGUUUCAUGAUGGAAGUGAAAGAUCCCAACAUGAGAGGUGCAAAGCUCACCAACACGGGAACCUACGCAAUACUGACUAUAGAGGCAGAGGCAUAUGCAAUUGGGAAGAAAGAAAGGCCACCUUUCUUACCAGAGGAGCCCUCUUCGUCUUCUGAAAAGGACGACCCUAUCCCAGACGAGUUGCUGUGUCCCAUCUGCAAAGACAUGGUGACUGAUGCCGCUAUCAUUCCCUGCUGUGCAAACAGCUAUUGUGAUGAGUGUAUAAGAACAGCGCUCUUGGAAUCAGAGGACCAUACGUGCCCAGCGUGUCAUCAACAUGAUGUCUCUCCCGAUGCUUUAAUUGCCAAUAAAUUCUUGCGACAGGCUGUUACUAACUUCAAAAAUGGAACUGGUGGUUAUACAAAAAGACUGCGGAGACAGUUACCCCCACCACCACCCCCGAUACCGCCCCCGAGACCUCUCAUUCAGCGGAAUCUACAGCCUCUGAUGAGAUCUCCAAUAUCAAGACAGCAAGAUCCUCCGAUGACUCCAGUCACCUCUUCAUCAGGCCACCCGGCUCCCUCUAUAUCUUCAUUAACUUCUAAUCAGUCUCCCUUAGCCCCUGCUGUGCCCGGAAAUUCAUCCACCCCAGUGCCUGGACCUGAUAUAACUGCACCGGUGUCCAUCUCAGUCCACUGGGAAAAAUCAGAUGGGCCUUUCCGGGAUUCCGAUCAUAAAAUAGUGCCAGCCGCAGCCCUUGCCUCAGAGCAUUCAAAGGGAACCUCUUCAAUAACAAUGACUGCCCUUGUGGAGGAGAAAGGUUACCCGGUGCCUGUGCUUGGAACCCCAUCUUUGCUUGGACAGUCACCACCUGCUGGCUAG